AUGGGUAAGUCAACGUCCGGCAGUGGCGAUUCAUCAUCUCUCCUUAUGCCUGGGGUUAAAUCAGAUGAUCGAUCUAGAGAGAGGAAACCACGCAGAAUCAGAUGUCCUGCUAUUGCUAAAACACCAGAUGAACUUGAGGCAUCCUUCAUACAACUAUACGCUGCUUACAGCGAAGCAGCAGCUCAUAAUAAGGAGGAGGGUGAAUUCGCUGAUUGUGAAAAGAAACUUAUUAAGGUUUUAGAUCUUAAGAAGGUUGUUCCGUUGAUGAUUGAUUUAUUGAAAUAUGAUAAAUGCGGGAAGCGUUUAGCUAGUUGUAUUCUUAUUACUUUCGAAGAGCUAACUCAUGUGGCAUUUCAAGUUCCUAGUCAAGAGAUACAAGUUGGCAAAUUGGUUAAAUCUCUAGUUGAAAUGGAAGCCUUGGAAGUAUUUGUUUCUACUCUUGGUAAGUUUUCUGAAGACGAUGAUUUACGAGCAGUACAAACUAUUGCGCCGAUGAUUUUUCAAGGAAGAGCAGCUGUAGCAAAAACCGCGAGCAGUUUCAGGGAACUGAUUAUUUGGGUAUCAGCAGCAAUAAGAGGUACCAAAUGGGAUGCAAAAGUGUGUGAUGUGGGUUUUUUACAUACUCUUUUGAUGAAUUAUACGGAAAAUAGACUUCUAUUGGGAAGGGACACCCUACCUGCUGUUGUAGAUGCUCUUUCAUCUCUUAUUAUGAGUCCUGAAGAAGAAAAAACAGAAAAACAAAAAAGAAAAGAAGAAGAAGACCUGCCUUGGACUUUGUUUGGUUGUUUAUUUUUUCUAUUAGAAUAUCCGGACAACAAAGUGCAUUUUGUCAAUGCUGGAGGAAUCGAGGCAAUGAUUAAAAUUUUACAGGACGGGAAGAAAUUGGGUGAUUAUAUUUAUGGAUCUGCGAUUGUGGCACUUGAUAUAGUGAAAGAUUGUCUUGCUGCUUCUGACAAGUUUGAGAAUGAUGAUUUGGGAUUGGGCAUUGCAAUAUUCCCUGCUUCCAUGGAUAUGAUUCUGAGCACUAUGCAUUGUAAAGAAGAAAUUGAAGAACGUCUUAUAUCUCUAAUCGAAUCAUUAACUGGUGUAACUUCUGGAGAAAUAUAUCUUUGACCAAAGCUU